UUGAUUUCCACCCUGAUCAUAAUGAAGGGUUCCACUUCCAUUUUAGUCCUCUUGUUCAUCUUCUUUUUUGUUACGAGUGUUCAUGCUUCAAAAACAAGUGAGACUAAGCUUUGAUCAGUGGCUAGUCAGAGCAGUAAUAGCAAUGAGAUAUUGACAUACAUCAUUCACUUGACCAAGCUUGAGGGCAAGACCUUACUUUGCUAUAAAGAGUUAGAGAGCUGGCACAAAUCUUUCCUUCCAAACAUGACAUUGGACUCCGGUGAACCCCGGCUAGUGUACUCCUAUUUCGAAGUGAUGACUGGCUUCGCAGCAAGAUUAACAACGGCUGAAGUUGAAGCCAUGUAACGCAUGGAUGGCUUCCUGUAUGCAGAGCUAGAUGUUCAAAGAGAACUCGAGACCACAUACACCCCUCAAUAUUUGGGGUUAAGUGAUACAUCAACUGGAAUAUGGUCAACAGAAUCCAACAUGGGAGAAGGCAUCAUCAUCGGAGUGAUAGACUUAGGUAUCCCACCUAACCACCCAUCAUUUUCUGAUGAUCAAAUGCCUGCAAAACCGGUCAGCUGGAAUGGCAUAUGUAACUUCACCAACUUCUCUUGCACCAAUAAGAUCAUUGGCAGUGCGGCAUUUGCAAAUAGGAUAAAAUGAAUAGUCCACCAGUGGACACAGGUGGACAUGGGACCCAUGUGGCGAGCAUAGCCGGCGGGAAUUUUGUGAAGAACGCCAUGAUUGUUGGCAAGUUCAAUUACACUACCUCUAGGAUGGCGCCCAGAGCUCACCUGGCCAUCUACAAGACAAACUUCACCCUUGUUGACAAUCUAAAAAGUUAUGAUCAGGCAAUGAUUGAUGGAGUGAAUAUCAUCAAUUACUCUAUAAGUGUCGAGCCAACUGAUAACUUCUACAAUGACGAAGCUGCCUUCUCUAGAUACAAGGCCACUGAGAAGGGUAUUUCUGUCUCCGUCUCCGCCGGUAAUAGGGGAAACCCAAAAUCUCUAAGUCAUUCCGCUCCUUGGCUUACAAUGGUCGGAGCAAGCUGGCCGGAUAGAAGGCUUGCUACGGCAGUUAGGCUUAGCAAUAGUGAUGAGUUCAUCUGAGAAACUGGGUUUUACCAGCCAACUCAAUUUAACUCUUCCAUCUUCCAUCCUAUUGUAUACCCUGGAGCCAACAACAAAAGGGAAACUUUAGGUUGCUGGAAUGGGUCUUUGAACAACAUUGAUGUGAAGGAUAAGACAGUGUUGGGCUGGGCUGGCAAUGAUAACAUCGGCAAAGGACGUGUGGUUCUUGCCGCCGGUGGCGCGGCCAUGAUUCUCAUGGGUCCAAUAAAGAAUACCCGAAACGACAAACAUGUUCUUCCAGUAUUGCAUGUCAACUCCAACGACGCCAACAAGAUUUUGAAUUAUUACAACUCGCCUGGAGGAUCACCACCCAAUGCCAGCAUCAUAUUCAAGGGGCAGGUGUCCGGUGGCCGCCCGGCUCUGACCAUCGCUCCUACUUCAUCCAGAGGUCCUAGUCAAACUAACGGUGGCAUUUUGAAGCCAAAUGUCAUUGCACCAGGCUACGAGAUCCUUGCAGCAUCCAUUGUCAAAGGCGGUCCCUUUAGUAAUUAUUUUAAAUUUGAUAGUAGCACUUCCAUGGCAUCACCCCAUGUAGCGGGAGUAAUGGCUUUGAUCAAGAAGAAACACCCGACAUGAUCUCAAGCUGCCAUCCAGUCAGCGAUAAUAACAACUGCUAAUGAUGUCAAUCUUGCUGGAAACAGGUUCGUUGACAUGAAAAAUUGGAAGCCGUCUAACAUCUUCGCUCGAGGUGCUGGACAUAUCAAUCCCCCAAAAGCCAUGGAUCCAGGUCUUGUUUAUGACCGAAACUUCAGUGACUACAUUGGCUACAUGUGUGGUCUAAAGUACAAUCCCACCCUCAUGCAACAUGUCACUGGGAGAAGAGUGAAUUGUGCCACAGUGAAGAACAUCACACCAUCUCAACUCAACUACCCUUCCAUCAUGGUAACUUUGAGCUCCAAGUCUUCGAAUGAGACUAUAAUGAGGACAGUGACCAAUGUUGGGAAAGCCAACGAAGUUUACACACCUAAAAUUGUUCAUCUGGCCAAUGCAAGUUUGAUCCUUUCUACAAAUAGACUCCAGUUCUCUGCUAUGGACCAGCAAUUAAGUUUUAAUGUCACCAUAACCAUUAUGCCACCAGCUCUUAUUAAGGGCACGAUAUCUGAAGGAAAACUAGAGUGGAUAUCCAUGUCAAAUAACCAUGUUGUCCGAAGCCCCAUUGCCAUUGUCUUUGAUUGAACCCUUUUGCCUUACGUUUAUGCAUCAUGCAUGGUUCCCUGAUCUUGAUGUUUGCUGCUAAGAUAAAAAUGCUUGUUUUCUUUUUAUGCAUGAUAUAUCUUACAUUGUAUUUGAGUAGUGGAUAAUUUAUGAAUAAAAGGGAACUAGCUUCGUAUGUUAAUUAUA